UCCUGUUUUUCGCUUUGUCUGCCGUGUGUGUAGGAGACGUGUAUCUAUGCGAACAACGGAAGAAAACAGAUUUCUACCUUGGCUUAGCACUUUGUUUACUCGUACAAUCACGUUCACGUAACUGUAGAGUUACCCCAGAUAUUUAGCAGCGUUUAAAUUGUCAUCUUUGGUGAAUUUUUGUGGAGGAAAAAGACUUGUUUUUGACGCCAAGCAGACUCGACGUAGGCCCUAACACCGGUGUUUUUCUCGAAUUGUGACCGUGAAACGGCUCUCUUCUUGUGACGGUGUUUUGCUUUGUGUAAACGGCAGUUGGAAUCAUUCUCAUUCUGGUGGUAUGGAAGUCGCGUGAUCCGCCGAACUCAGCCAUACAAAAGGAAACAAAGCCGGAUGGGACAUAGUUGCUGGUUAUAUGUUCUUUGUUUACUUAACAUUUCGGUUUAAUACAUCCUGAACGGUGGCGAUUUAAUUUGGUUUUAUUUUCAAUAUUGUCCUCUGAAAAUCAGUCAUCAUGCUUAGGAAAAAACCAUGGAGAGAUCCAUUUCUGACCAUUGCUGUCAUUUUGAGCCUUCUUCGAGUAGAUUGGGAUGAGUUUAUGCAGCUACAACUUCAAGGUGGACUUGGAACUCAAUUGCCUGAGAUUCAUGACAUUUUACUUGGACAAAGCGCAGCCCUGACAGAGACACAAUUCCACAAUUUCUACAACUCUUACGAUGGGAACUAUGUAAAUUUUAAAAAUCUUGACUACGACCUUAGGGCCCAGUCUGCCUUUCGAGAGCUUCAUACGCUGUCCACGGAUCAAGAUCAGUACCCCAUCAGCCAAGGGUACCGAGAUAUCUCAACAUGGCUUCUGGAUAGGCUCGAGCCAAACAAUGUCCGCUCUUUGCCUUUCGCUAAUUUGGCAUCAGCUCCGAAUAAUAAUAACAACAACGAUGAAAACAACAACAACGGAGAAGCUUCAGAGGGAACUGGGGCUAUUGGGCCUGUCCCUAAUUCCGUUGAUGGCACUGUUACGCAAACCAAUACUGAUUUAAGCCCUGAGGAUAUGGACCUCAUUGAGACGCUCUGGAGGCAGGACAUUGACAUGGGUAUCUCCCGAGACGAGUCCUAUGCUCUGAAGGAAGAACUACUACUUGAGAAGGGGGAGCACCCCGACAAACUGAAGUCCCAGCAAUCAACAUGGGAGCACUUUGGUUACAACAUUGACGGGGAGACUGGAGAGUACGUACCAAACCCACCAGGGAUGAACAUUGUUCCUCAACAGACAUCCCCGCCGACUCUUCCUCAGGUACCGGUCCAACCCGAUGGUAACAUCUCCCUGGAAGAUUGCCUACAGCUUCUUGAAGAUGAAUACCUACCGACAGCCACAACGCCCGUAGAUGAGCAAUACCAACCUCCGCAUCACUCGCUCAGCCCACGCGAGCAAGAACAAAGAUGGCAAGACUUGGCCUCAAUUCCAGAACUCACGAGUCAACUUCAAGAGCUACCAGGGAUGCCGUACCAAGGUAUAAUCGACGUUAACAUCACCCAAACGCAGAACAACACCCAGAAUGCCUUUGCCAUUAACGCCACCACAAACGGAAAUGUCAAUCUUCAAAAUGCAACGGUGACCACACCCAGAAAUAUAGUUCCCAUUGAUCCACAAAGACUGAAUGAGUUUCCCCCGCCACCAGAAGUGUUCUCACCUCUAUCGAACUUUGCCGAUCUCAGUCUCAGCUCAGGGUCACCAACAGGAUUAAUUAACGGCACUCAACAGAGUCUGAAUCUAAGUAGCUUUCUACUCCCAGAGCAGCAACUUCGACUCCCAGCUCCCGCCUUGGAAACUCCUCACCCAAUUCCAACAGAAACCCCUGACAACAGUUCACUGUUAAUGGAGCUGCUCAGUUCGUCCAACGUUGACGAAGUGGACCCCAUGGACCUUGACUUCGAUGAACAGAUCCACAAUGUGAUGCAGGCUUUUGGAGAGACCAACUCAAACGCGUCUUUUGAAGGAUCUUGUUCUGGAUUUGAAGACAUGAGUGAAGGAAGUUCUCCAUACCAUACAAGUGAAGAUGGUCUUGAAGGGGCUACAGGUUACAAUGCAAGCCUAGAUGGCCAUGGUCUGAACGGGUCAUCGGGUGGCUACGGAUACCAUAGGCAAAGAGGUGGAUCAAGCUGUGGGGGUGACAGCGAUAGCGGUAGUUCGUUUAGCAGCUACAACAGCCAGUCUUCAAAGUCUGAGAACGUCAAACAUAAUCACACGUAUGCUUCAUCUUCGAGCUCCUCCAAUGGAAACCGCAGCAGCAACCACAGCAAAAACAGCUCAUCACGCAUCGACAAGCUCAACAUGGUGAAGUUAUCUCGCGACGAGAAGCGCGCCCGGUCUCUCAAAGUCCCAGUGCCAAUCGACAAAAUCAUCGGUCUGCCGGUAGAUGCCUUCAAUGACCUUCUUAAGAAGUACGACCUUAACGAUGCUCAGUUGACCCUGAUCCGAGAUAUCCGUCGUCGUGGAAAGAACAAGGUCGCUGCGCAAAACUGCCGCAAGAGGAAGAUCAACGCGCUGGUCUCUGUAGAGGUAGACAUCGACAACUUGAAGGAUGAGAAGGAAAAACUGGUGGAGGAGCGAGACCAAAUUGACAAGGACACUUCCGAGAUGCAGUCCCGUUAUGAACAACUCUACCGUGAUGUCUUUGAGAACAUGUGUGAUGAACACGGAGAUCCGGUAGACCCUAAUGAGUUCACUCUGCAACAGAUGCCAGAUGGAAGCAUGUUUCUUGUACCUAGAAAUGGCACAACCCCCGAUAAGGAUAAGAAAACUGAAAAAUAGACUCUUAACAAAACACAACAUGUGUUCUUACUUACGUAAAUUUUUCACUUUUACUGUGGCUCUUAAUCAGUCAGACUGUAUGCUUUUUAAUUUAUGUCUAUUUUAUUCUGAAAUUAAAUUUCUGUUUGUUAUGGUUGCAGGGGGUGAAAAUGAAGAAUUGUUAAACAUACAUGUUGCAGGUUGCAGACAUUGUAUAAAAACUAUACAUUUUGGAGAGCACAUUUAAGACAAUCACUUUGUUGCACAUGUUCAUCUUUUUUAAACGGAAUACCAGUGGGUUGAAAUGAACAUCAAAAACAAUACAUUCAAUUUCUCUCCGCUUAAUCUUUCUUUCACUCUUUUGUAACCUCAUUUCAACUCAACAAUUAUUCCUUGUACAGAGAAAAUAUGAAAAAAAUAUAAUGUAAAUAUGUGCAUAGUUUGUAAAUAAUUCAAAAACAAAAGUGUAAAUAUGUAAAAAGUUAAAACAUUUUGGUUGAGUAAGCCCCACUACCUCCACAUGUACUGUUUUGGGUUUCAAGCAUUUUUGAAUUUGUUCCAAAGCAUUCUUCAUGUUUUGAAAAAAAUUAAAAGGUGGGGCAAAAUCAUUUUUCAAAGGUAUUAUAAAAUUUAAGCGUCUCUUUGUUUGUUCUUUGGGGGUGUUUUCUAAAGCAGGAAGUUAUAAAACCUGAGAACACUUGAAAAUUGUGGUGAACGGCUUUGAAAUGUUAUUGUAUCAAAUGUUUUUUUAGUGGGCCUUUUGAUUCUUGUCGAAAGCCUUUAUCAACUUGUGCUUAUUGUUCAGCCUCUUUACUAAUCAAAUGGAAAUCGAUCUACAUUAAUAAGCCGUUUGUCUAGCUAGCGUUUGUGUUUACUGUUUUACUCAAAGUGUAUUGACUGUUGAUAAUUUCCGCAAUGUUUUUGGCAAGCUCGUCCUCGAAAAACUUACUUGGAUAUGUUUGAAAAUGUUAUAAAACUUUUGGAGAAGUUUUUGAUGGAUUUAAAAGUCUGAAAAUCACCAGUAGAAUAAAGCAGGUGAUCUUAGUAAGGAACAGAAACUUGGUUAACAGAUUGUAAAACGUUGAAAGUUGUGCAAUGAACAAUUAAAUGGCAUUUUGCACUGAACCCGUGUAACCUAGAACAAGUCAAAAUACAAGACAACAUAAAAAAAUAGUUCAAAAAUUCGCAGGGCUGCAGAUGAAUAAAGUCAUCUCAAAAAGUUGUUUCAAACUGACAGGCAAAAAAUUUAAUUUCCAGCUGUUUUAACUGUCUCCUUAAUCAUGUAUCAAUCAUCGAUCACACACUGGGUGUUGGGUAAAGAUGUCAAUUGCACGACUACUCCAUUUCACUAUAGACAAACAGUUUGACAAGUUUAAAACUGUAGUGUAUAAUAAGUGUACACACUGUAAAAAUGUUACACAAAUGUAGAUUGAAGACUAUUUUAAUUUGUAGGACAUUUUUUAAUGACCUCUUCCUAAUGAAUAAAACACUUCCUCAGUGCGUUACAUUUGAGGGCUUUUCAAACACAAUAUGCUGGUAACACUUUCACUUGUAUUAUGUGCACGAACCAAGAUCUUAAUUUCACUACUGGGUACCAGUUAAACCAAAGUAUGGGUUUAUGCAAAAAUAAGACAAAUUUUCAUAGAGCUGCUUAAGCAACAAAAAACAGGAUACCAGUCUCAGAUGAUAAGUGUCUUUUUUUACUGGUAACACUAUUCUGGCAAGCUUAAUUUUGUUCUUGGCUACUUUUUGUAGUAAAGCAGCUUCAUGAAUUCGAGAACAGAUGGUUGUAUGGUUUGUAAUUAGUUUAUGUCCUUAUUUGUGUUUAUGGAAUGGAGAAUUUAAACGUAAAGUGAUAGUGUGUUUGCCUUGCCUCAAUUAACUGAGAUUUAACAAAAUUAUAGUCUAUUAACAUAAGUUUUGGAGAGGAAACUGGGACGCUACAGAUGGCAUUCCUGAAUGGUUGAAGUCCGUUAUUAAAAUUAUUAAACUUGUAACAAUUGUUUGUUCUUUGACAAGUUGUUAAUUAAAAUAUGAAUAUGAUGCUUUUUCACAA